AAAAAAAUGGAUGAGAUUAUCUUUAACCAUAAGUUUAUAAUCAUCAUUACAACGAACGACACUGGUUUCAAUUUUAUCCCAACCAAAUGUUAACGUGUCAAAGCCUUUAUUACAUCAAAUUGUAUUUCAUAUUUCUUCUUAAAACCAAAUCUAAAUUUUCCAUUUAUUCCGGCGACUCUCUCUCUCUAUCUCUCUCACAUACACAAACGAGAAACCUUUCGAAUCAGAAGACAAUAUAUAUAUUUGCACACAUCAGAUCUUCUUUUCUUCUUCUAGUUCUCAGAGAUCGAAAGACUCUUUUUCUUCCAGAGUUUUUGUCUAUCUUUUCAAAAUAUUCCGAUGAGGUGUAAGAGACAUACAGUUGACUCCAGUAGCAGUAUCGGCGUCUGCGCUUCUUGUCUCCGUGAACGUCUCUUAUCUCUCGCAGCUUCAGCCGCCGCUUCCGAAGAUAACAAUCAUCCUCAUCCUCAUUCAAGAACUUCUCCUCCUCCUCCUCCUCCUCCUCCUCUGGUUUUACCUCGCGCUGUUUCUCCUUACGCUGCUGCUAGAAACUCCGACGCCAGAGGAGGAGGCGGAGAAGGAUCAUCAUCAUCAUCGGAAAAAGUCUUCGAAACCAACCGAUCGUUUAAGAAGAAACAGACGGGUUUAUCUCGGUUCUCUACCUUCUUCAGGACGAGCUCUAACGAGUUUUCAUCUCAAGAUUCCUGCGACGCGACGUCACGGUCAUGGUUCUCCAAGGUUCUCUCCCCACGAUCGAAGAAGCAAACGGCUAACACUACUACUACGUGCUACAUAGAGGAUUUGAUCGCCUCUGAAUCCAAUCAUCAACAACACCAACCUAGACAAAGGUAUUGCAGAGGAAUGUCUCCGGCGAACGAACCAGUAUCAGUCGAAGAUUCGCCGGGGAGAGCGAGAAGAACAACGCCGGCGUCGACGGGAACUCCGGGAAGAAGAAAGACGGCGGCUACGACGAUGGCUUUGUGCUUGAGUCCGCUAGUGAGAGCUAAACCUAAACCUAACUCUUCUUUUGGAGGAUAUACAACAGGUGAGCUGAAAUCUCCGGUUAAGCCACACAUUUCAACGGCGGCGUCGUUUUGCGCAAACAGGUCUAAGAAGCUGGCCGGUUUAGGUAGAGCUGAUCACCGCCGUUGAUGGCUUUAUUUGGUCAUCGUUUGACCUUUCUAUACGAAAUUACCUAAAACAAAUAUCAAGAUUCAUACGCAAGUUAUAUGGUGGCUACACUGUAGCAACAGAUAAAAAGCGGAGUAUAUUUUUUUUUUUUAUAAUGAAAGAAAUUCUUAUUGUAUAUUAAAGUGGAAAGCUAAGUCUAGUUUCAUGUCAGAUAAGCAAGUAAAACUGUCCUAUGCGUCCUUCUCUGUUCACUUCUUCACAUGGAAGGA